UUGUCCGCGGCACGUGCCCGGGGGAAGCGCCUGCUGGUCCCGAGGGAGCCCCCCCGGGCUAGGUCGCAAGACCCGGGCGUCCCCCCCCUCCCCCGGCAGGGACAGGCCUCACGUGCCCGCCCCUUCUCCUUGCUGCAGGACGGGCAGACCUUCACCUACCGCCCCGCCCGGGGGUUGGCUGUGGGAGACCCGCGCUCCGCCGCCGCCGGCUGGGCCUUUCCCUUCCCGGGCGUGCUCCUGCUGGAGGAUUUCCUCAGCCGCGCCGAGGAGGCCGAGCUGGUUCGGGCGAUGGACCAGGAUCCCUGGAAGCCGUCCCAGUCUGGCCGCAGGAAGCAGGACUACGGACCCAAAGUGAACUUCAAGAAGCAGAAGCUGAGGGCGGGCUGUUUCAUCGGCUUGCCCAGCUUUAGCCAGGAUAUUGUGAAGAGGAUGAAGGCUCAUCCUAUACUAGAAGGUUUCUUACCUGUUGAGCAGUGUAACCUGGAUUAUCUUCCUGAAAGAGGGUCUGCCAUUGACCCACACUUUGAUGACUGGUGGCUUUGGGGAGAGCGACUGGUUAGCUUAAACUUACUCUCAAAAACCGUGCUAUCCAUGUCCUGCGAGUCAGAGAACAGCAUCCAGUUAUUUGCUACUCCCCGUCAAGAAAGUGAGAAAUCAGAUCAAACUGGAUCACCUCAAACUUCUCAGAACUGUAAAAACAAUAACUUUAUUCCCACGUCAGCUUGUGAAAAUUCAGACAACUGGGACGUUGACCAUACAACUCCCACAAAGCUUGUUCCUUGUAAAGAGGUGACUGUUGCUGUUCACUUACCUAGACGCUCCCUGGUUGUGCUGUAUGGCGCUGCACGGUACAAGUGGAAACAUGCAAUUCACCGCAAGCAUAUUGAGCAUCGUCGGGUCUGCAUCACCUUUAGGGAGCUGUCUACAGAGUUCGGUUUGGGAGGAAAGCAUGAAAAACUGGGUAAAGAACUGCUGGACAUAGCUCUUUCAUUUCAGGGAAAACCAGUAUGACCAAGAAAAAGGCUGGAGUGAUACUUGGUUUGGAUAUUCAGAAAUCAAUAUUCAAAAUUUUUAUGAUUAAUUUUAUUUGGAGCGGAAGGCGUAUACGAAUAUUGGGUCAAAUGGAAACGUUAACAAAUGCAGUGACGAGAGGGGCUCUCGUUAUACUAAAUAACCUUUCCCUGGUAAGAACCCAGCCAUUACUGUUAGCUCUUGGAUGAACAUCAGGAAAUGGCUAUUGCGUGUUUUGUCUAUAAUGUGAUGAAAUGCAGAAAGAAAGAAAAAAGUAUACUGCAAACAUUUAAAACAUGCCCUUAACUCUGGAAGGAAAUCUGGAAGGAAGCUAGGGAUCUUCAAAUGAUUUACAGUUUGAGACUGUCUCUAUAAUUAGUCUCAAUAUUUUUUAUAAGGCAAUUCAAAACCUCCAAAUAAACACAUAGCUUCAAGCAGAAAGACUGCCUGGUCUUUAAGCUUUUGGGAUCAUGUUACACACUUUUUUUUCCCCUGCCUGGAUUAGUAGCAAAAGAAAAAUAAUGCCUCUUCCUGGGAGGACAAAAUAGUUCAUUCAUUUAAUAAAGUACUCCCUCCAUCUUUGGCUGCAAGUCAGCCCAACUCAAGGCACAGAUUCUAACCUCUACUUGAAGCCAGUUUGAGGUUCUACAUUUAGAGCUGUACCUUAGGUUCAUAACUGUCUCCUUGCUUGUUUUACGUGGUUCCUUUAAAGACCAGCUGUCUAGGGAAGAAGGUAGACAAGCAUCCAUCCACAGUCACUAUUUUGUGCAGAGAGCUAAUUAAAGCACAGCUUACAUUUUUAGCAAAGGAAAAGUAAUAGCAAGGAUUAAUUAUAAAUACCGUGUAUGACCUACAUCUUCUGGGACCUCAGAGCAGCAUUUGCAGCAGGCUGACGUGGACUUUUCCAACGACAGCUUGGACAGAGUUCAGAUACUCAAGACGUCCAAGAAGAUUGUGUUCUUUUCUGAUCCUCUGUAAUUUCUGAGCCCUGCUGCUAAUCACAGUUAUGGGAGUAUCAUUUCAAGAAUGAGUAAAGAGACAGACAGCAGCACUAAGGCCUAACUGUUUUUUCUUACACAGUCAAGAUGGCAGAACUGCAGUGUAGAAACCAGCUUUUCCUACAACUGACAAAUUAGCUUGGUCAGGGGCAUGAAGAGGUCAGAGCCCAAAUAGAUAUAGCUGUGCCAGCAGAAGCCUUUAGUGCAAAAUCAUCAACCUAACUGAGCUUUUACUAAGAUAAGAUUGUUUUCAUCAGAGAACAUACAUGCACAUGCGGGGAUAAAAAGCAGUUUGGCUGAUAUAACCUCACUAUGCAAAAAGAAUUGUGCUGGUAUAAUAAACCAGCAUUUUUAUAGUGGUGACAUGCUCUUAGACUAGUUAUAGCCACUUGUAUAAAAUUGUUUGCUGCCAAAAAAUGACACACAAGUGAAAAGGAUUCAAUUAUCCAAUAUAUUUAAUCAGCUUGAGUUUACAGAUGCAACCAUAGUUCUGUUAAUACUUGCAAUGAACCAGGGUCAAUUUACUCAAAUAUUUAAAAAGAAAUAUACAAGUGACAUGUUAACUCUUAAAUUUAUUAUCAUGUGUUAAAUGUACAUUGACGGAAAUCAAACUCCACGUAAGCUUUGAAAGCAUGUCCUGCUGUUCAGACAUACUGACAACAGAGCAUCAUCUACACGCUGGCAGCAGGUAAAGUUUAUCCUCCACAAGACUGCCCAUGGCAGGAGACAAUAUACUGAAUUCAGAUCAGUCACUUCAUGAUAGCAGUUUGCAGCUGAUAUCACUGGAAAUGCAGCACGUAUGAGAUUUACUUACUGCAGCCAUGUUUUAGUUAAAAAAAAACAACAGCUCUGAAAUUACUAUUUUUCUAGUCUGCCCUGAAAGCAGGAUUCAAUAACUUGUGCUCUUAAAUUAGAGGUUCCCAACCCUUUCUGAUCAACAUACCAAUUUAGACUAACUUUAUCUGUAAUGCUCGUACCCGCUGCCAGUUUUGCAUUAGUGCAGAGUGCUUUAUCUCAAGAUGAAUCUUGAGACAUUCUAAGCCCCAGCUCCAUCUUGAUUUAGAGCAUAUUCAUUUGACCAGCAGCCUUCUGUAGCUCAGUACAAAGGCUCAUAAAGUUAGAGAGCCUGGAACACCCGCUGUAUGGGAACCGCUAUUAUAAAUCGGCCUGCUUGGCUUCAGUAGUUAGCCCCUGCCAUAAUAAGCUGCAAUAGAAAGAGUAUUUACAUUAAUGUUUGGUCCUUAUUUUCAGUCUCAAACUUUUUCCCUUUAAUUUUCGUUCAGUCUUCUGACUCUAUUCUUAAAAUAUUUUGUAUUAUCUUGUUAAUCUCUCAAAUAAUGAAACCAGAUGGCUUCAAAAAAGAUGUAAUCCCUAAACAAGACAAAUAAUGGGACGUAUUACAGUUGAUACUGUGCUAUUUAUUAGCUGUGUUUUCAGCUACAAUAUAAAGGAGGACAAUGUCCAAGCCCAGAAGAACAUAGAGAUUGCAGAGACUUGGAAUAAUUAGGUUUUUAGAAGUGCAAAUUCUUGUAUUCCAAAUAAAAAAACCCAAAGAGAGUACCGUAUUUCCAUCAUCCAGUUUUACAGAUACCAAAGUUUCACUUGGUCACUGUUUGCUGCCAUACCUUAGCAUAUACUUUUCUUUAAGUAAACUAUGACUUGGACACCUCUUUAAGAGCGCCCCAAAAGGUCAACACUCACCAUUUUUAUAGCAUCAGUAACACAUACAGUGGCUCUGUUUUAAUUGGUCAGAAGCAUAUGCAUGUUCUUUCCUAAAAAGGCAGAAUGGCAGCAUUAUAGGACAUUAAUAAGAGUUUUUUUCUGGAUUAUCAGGUAUUAGGGAGAUCUGUGGAAAGUACAAAAAGAUUUUUAAUGUGCAACUAAGAGCUGCUUAGAAAAUUUUUGGCUACUCAGCUAAUGCAGUUAAUGUAAAGUAUACUUUAAUAGUUUAAAAUGUAACACUGACUCGUAUCAUGGCUGUUUAUCUUCUUAAUGAAGAUUAGCAACUUGUAAACACCUUCCACAAACAAGACAUCCAUUAAAAUUCAGUGACUUCCAUGUUGGACAUUUUGCAAAAGGAAAAUUAAAGUUGUUUGACCAAAUAUGGAAAGGUCUGCUAUACGUUUGAACUUGUUUAUCCUGUUUCACAUAGGAUGGGUUCUUUUCAGUUGUACAUAGACACACGCACAUAUACAUAUUCCAUAACAUACUUUCCAUGCAUAGAUAAAGCAGAAAUAGACAAAGUGCACAAUCUGUUGACUUCAACAGAAUUUUUCCUCUGGCACUUAAAUGAGUCAACAUUCCUCUCUGAAUAUCAGUGCCUGGAACCAAAACACAGGCAAGUGUUGAACUUCAUGCACUGCUAUUCAUGGCGACGUCUUCUAAAUUUAGAUGGCUCUCAUCAUUUAGAGUGUUCAUUUUUUAAAAGGAUACAAAUUAGACUGAUAUUAAGAAAUUAAUUAGAAAAUAAAUGUGCUGGCCUGGUUAUGUUGGCAUUUGGGGAUUGGACUGAGAUGGGGAGGGAUUUUUGUGGCGCUCUAGCUGGAAGGUAUAUUGAGGAGUGUCUUUUUGUGACGGCAUCAAUCUUUUGAGGGAAGGGGGAAGAUGUGAAUUGGGAACCUUGAGGGCAUAGCAACAGGGAUAUUCCUGACUGGUUUUAAGUCAGGAACUGUAGUCCCAAGUACUGCAAACACGUUAAUUGAGCUUAGCAGAAAUAUAUACAAUGCUUACAGGUAAUGAUAUGCCCAGAAGUCUUUGCAGGAUGUGGGUCUUCACACUGCUUUGCUGAGGUCUGGCAUAUUUAGUUCCCUUUAUUAAAGGAAAUUCUCCAUAUGGAACUAAAAUGUAAAUGAUCCAAAUUUAGCUUUGAGGUUCAUGCCUAUCUCCAAAGCGGGGGAGAGUUCUUAUGUUUGUGGCUAUUACAGUUUCAGCUGAAAACAGAUUCCUAUCAGCUUAUCAGUAAAAGCUGGUGGCAUCAUGGGCUUCUUGAUUUCCACUGUCUCUCUCAAGCCUUUGGGGGCACUCGUGUGACAGUCACAUGCACUGAAGCAUCAGUCAUACAAAGACUAUGUACCCUUACAUGAGUGGGAGGCAAUACAAUCUCAAAAUUUUGACUGUGCUUUCAGAUAAACAUCAUGAUGACAUCAGCUAGGUUGCAAUUAAGAAAGGAAGCAAACAAAAAGAAGCAACUUGAUGAAUUUAUUUCCUUCAUAACAGUCCCAUCUAAGGCAUCUCAGCACAAGCUGUCAGCCAUCUAGGUUGGACUAUUGUGAGAGUCACAGUAUCUAGGAAAAAAAAGUCUCCUGCCUGGAUAAACUAGUUAUUUCACUGUGCACUGGUCCGUUGCUCAGCAACAGUGAUCACAAUCAAUACAUUACCCAAUAUAAGGCUUUUUGGACUAGCUCCCCAUUGAAAACAAUCCAAAUCAGGGCCAUUGCUCUGAUUUUCAGAGUCCUACAUAGUACUAGUCCUGAAUCCCUGAGAGAUCAUUUCUUCUUCUGUGCCAAAGCUAUAUUUUCACUAGAACUAUAAUACUGUUAACCAAUAGGGAUACACUUGUAAUGAUGGGAGACUGUCCUCAGGACCAGCACCUGUCAAACACUGUACCAAAAGAAAUAAGAAUAGCCACUAACUUAAUUGAAUUCAGAGCCAAAUUUAAAGCCUGCCACUUCUUCCAAGAUUUCCCUCCUAACGCACCUAAAGACUGAUUCUUGAUGAUGGGGAAACAAUCCUCUACAGAGUAGGAGAUGCCCAGAUACCAUGGUGAGGAGGGCUCUGUAAGAGCGUAGCUAAACAGCUUUCUUUCCUCUGUAGGGGGAGGAACCCUAGGGGAACAGCAGCCAGCAAGGGAAGCUUUCCUGUUCUGAGGUCUGUGCCUCAGUUCAUUCCUAAAAAGGGAGCUGGGAAAGCACUGCCUGACAAGAAACGGGAAGCAUGAGGAAGACCAAAACCACAAGUCUCCCACAAGACCAGGGGUGGUGUCCUUUGCAGACACAAAGCCAAGAACAGCUCCUCAGGGCUCAGUUGAAAACUGAUGCAAAAAGAAACGAGGGAGAAGGCUGAAGUAGGAUGUAGCCCCAAGAAUCACGAAGCAGGGCAGCUAGGAGUUAAGGGCAGUCACAGAAGUCUGGGAUAGAAGAAGGAUAAUCAGCUAGAUGCAGUGAGGAACAUAGGCGCCGACUCCAUGGGUGCUCUGGGGUUUAAGCACCCACUGAAAAAAAUUAGUGGGUGGCUCAGCACCCAAGAGCUAGAUCAGGUAAGCCAG